AUGAGCUGGCAGGAUUACGUUGACAAGCAGCUGCUUGCGUCGAGGUGCGUCACAAAGGCAGCGAUCGCUGGACAUGAUGGAAAUCUAUGGGCUAAGUCGGACGGCUUCGAAAUCAGUAAAGAGGAACUGACGAAGCUCCUACAGGGCUUCAACGAACAGAACAUAUUGACGUCGUCGGGCGUCACAUUGGCCGGCAACAGGUACAUCUAUCUGUCAGGUACAGAUCGCGUGAUUAGGGCAAAACUGGGCAAGAUCGGUGUACACUGCAUGAAAACGUCGCAGGCGGUCGUCGUGUCCCUCUACGAAGAUCCAAUUCAACCACAGCAGGCUGCAUCGGUCGUCGAAAAAUUGGGCGACUACCUCUUGUCCUGCGGCUAUUAG